GUAUUCCUCUGGGGGCUUGACGCUGGGUGGCUUCCCCUGGUAGCGCUUCAGUAUUUACAACAAUAUUUGUCCGAAGCCUCCCCGACGCUGCUGUCCGUCACAGACAGACAGACAGACAGACAGACAGACAGGGAGUCCAACCGUCGGUGAGACAGCUUUCUUAUUUUUCCUCUGCUACAACGAUGGCUGUCGCUUCCAGAUCGGACUUCUCUUGCGCCUUUUGGAGACAUAUUUCCUAUAAUGUUGGCGAGUGAUAUCCGUCUACCUUGUGCACUGCAGUGGUGCGCAGCUUCGCCUGGAGAAACACCUGUGCGCCUCUCCUCUCCACUGGCCACCACAGUCAUGCAUGUUGAGUAGGCAACAGAUUACCCUAAGGCGCGGUGUCUGUCUGCAUUUGUCUGAAAGAACCAGAGAGGGAGCUGCACAAAUACCGCACAGCCAGACAUCAUGCAAGGAGAAACCUUCCCUCGCUGCGGAAUGCUGAAAUGUUAGGGCUGAAGAGCGAGUGUGUCAGAUCGAAUCAGCAGACUGUUUACUAUAGGGGGGGCGAUAAGAGCUGCUUGACACUAGACUCACUAACGCCCUGCGUGCGGUUUAAUGCCCUUUUCAAUCACGAUCAAGAAAAGACGCGUUAACUGAUCUUUCAUCAGCUCUUUUUUCCCCCUCCGUCAGAUUCUGCAAUCCGGGAAAAGAGCCGAGAUGGAGUGGUCGCUAGAGAACGUGAGGGAGAUGGUGGCUGGAGGGAUGCAGUCAAUAAGGGAGUGUGAGGUCUGUGCUUUCGCCAUAGCCAUGUGUGUGCUGCUGCUGUUCAUGUGGUAUUGUUACAGGGUGGGCCGGGAGCAUGGCUCCAGUCCCCUGCGUGGGAGGUAUCUGGCUGGGCCCGGCCGAAUUGGAGGAGUUGUGGGGGGCUUCAUGAGUUCAGACUGCCGUGGCAGGGGCAAGGGGAAGCACGGAUCGAUGCUGGAGGAGCAGAACGGCUUCGCUUUCUGCCAGUCGUCUGAGUGCUUCCGAUGUACCAGCGCCGGAGAGAGUCUGAACCAGAGGCUCUACCACAGCCUGCAGGACUACGCCAAGCGCUACACCUGGUCAGGUAUGGGCAGGGUGCACAAAGGAGUCCGUGAUCAAGGCCGAUACCUCAACAGCCGACCCACCAUCCAGCGGCCAGAGGUCUUCUUCCUCCCAGACCUCCCGUCAGCCCCUUUCUUCUCCAGGGAAGUUCAGAGACACGACGUGGAGCUGCUGGAGCAGAGCUUCCCCGCCCUUCUUGCCGAGUUUGAGAGCAUCUACCACCAGCCUCCGGCCCGCAGCGGCUCCUCCCUGCCACCAGGGUGGAAAUCCAAUAACACCCCGCGUGGGCAGUGGUGGACCUACUACCUGGUCAACCAAGGCACCCCUCUGGUUCUUAAUGUCAGGAGGUGUCCGCGGGCCUGGAGGGUGCUGGGCCAGCUGCGCACCUUCAUCGCCAACAACGUGUUCGGAAACGCCUGCUUCUCUGUGCUGACGCCCGGGGCGCUGAUCACCGAGCAUUACGGUCCAACAAAUGUCCGGCUGCGCUGCCACCUGGGUCUGAGAGUGCCCCCCUCCUGUGAGCUGGUGGUUGGUGGAGAGCCGCAGUGCUGGUCUGAGGGCAGCUGUCUGCUAUUUGAUGACUCCUUCCUCCACAGGGCCUUCCACGAGGGCGGUGCAGAGGACGGCCCCAGGGUGGUCUUCAUGGUGGACCUCUGGCACCCCAACGUGGCCGCGGCUGAGAGACAAGCCUUGGACUACAUUUUUACUCCAGGUCGCUUAGAGGACAAGGAAGGGAAAUAGGUGUGAGGGAGAAACCAUGUCUGACCGAGAGACAGAUGGCGUUUUAGGGCAGUGUCUGUAGGAUUGGGGAGCAACUCUUUUACCGCCUCCAGACCAGCUCUCACAUUCACUGUGUACAUAUUCUCCGUCUCACAUCUCAUAACUCAUCUUAGCAGAUGACCAAACAUUGGGCCUCUUUUAUCAGUCUGUAUAGUUGAAAGUGCGAUUGUUCAUGCAGCCAUUUAAUUAACACCAUCGCAGGGACAUCUGCAGCUGAUCUGUCAUUGUUUUAUUUUGAAUCUUUUUGAAUGUUCAAUGCUUUUGCAUUUAGUUGAAUGAUGUGUCUGAACACUAAACUAUGCGGGUCUGAUUGCAGCCGCGUCUCUGGAGAUCUCCUGUGCUAUGAUUGACUUGUGGGGAACAAGUACACCCACCUUCUCUUCUUCUCUACUUUCUCACUGCUGGUUCUGGCCCAUAAUACUGUUAGUUAUUUCAUGGUAAAGACACAAGAAAUGGCAGCAGACAACAGUGAACUAAGAGGAGCUUAAUUAAUAUGUCAUGAGAUGGACAAUAGUUGUUUUGGAGCUAAAGAACAGAGGAUUCAAAGUUCCACUAAUCGCUCCCAGCAUUAUAUUCAUCCAUAGCAUCAAUGGAUGUGUUGCUUGCUUGUAUAAAUUACUUAUGUCAAUGAAACACUUAAGAAAUUGUUAGUUUGCCCAACUUGUUUCAUCUAAGUCACAAAUAAUGUUAAAAAGAUUUAAGUAUUUGACAGAAAAGUGAGUUAAAAACCGAAUGCAUUGCCAUUUGACUGACACGAACAAGACAAUAAAGUUACUGUGCAACAAAAACAAAGGAUCCACAUCCACAUGACCGCUGCUGCGUUCUCAUCAAUUACAUAUAUUAUUAUUAUGUUUGGGCCAAUUCUGGUGCAAGGUUUCUUUCCAUAUAAGAUUCUUUGUGCCACUCAUAUCAGUUUUAUGUUGGUUGUUGCUGAUGGAGAGCAAAGAACAUUACAGACAUGUGAUGAACGGCCAAACAACAACAUGUCACCCUCUUGCUGUUGUGCUACUCAGCAUGUUUGGGUCCGUAGGCUAAAUUAUUCUCUUAGCUGAACAUCAAUGGGAGUCGUUGAGUUGGCAUUCAUGGGCCCAGAAGUCUUCCCAACACUUGGUGAUACUACUUUACACUUCACAUCUAACACUUGAUUGUUUUACACUUACUGUAACACCUACAUUUCUCCAAAGGGCUAACAAAUUUGAUCAUUAAACUUUUUAUAUUACUCAACACAUCCGGUCACACUUAAGAUAAAACAUUUUGAGUCGAACCAAAAAAAAACGAUUGUCAGUGAGUUUGCACAUUUAAAAAAACAAAAAAACACCCACUUUCAAACGUGGGACACGGUUUCAUGAUGAGGUCAAUCUCUCGCUUGCAGAAUGGUGACAUAUUUCCAGUGAUUGUAGUGCUUCUAUACGUCAAGCUAAAGCGAAGGGAUCCCUGCUCGCUGCUGGAGGAUUUCAGGCCUACUGUUCAAAAGGUUGUCGUUAGCACAAACGUGUAAUUGCAUCGUGGCUUUACUGAUGUUAAACAAGCUGUUAAUAUCUAAAUGAGUUGCAGAAAGUGCUGUAUCGCUUAACUACAGAAAGUAUUUUUCAUAUCUUGUGCUUUGAUAUGUGAUAACUGAGGUCCAAUGUUGAUCAUGACAUGAAUGUUUACAGACGCAGCUAAUGUCUCUGUCCUGACUCCUGCUGGUGUGGUAGUUUAUUGUGCUCCCCUUUGAAAAAAAUCAAUCCUGCUUUCACGAGAGACAUGGUUAGAUGAGCACAUUUUUAGGUCAAAUUGUGUGAGUCGCCUGUGCUGGAGAAGAAGCGUUUUUGGUAAAUUUACUAAACUCUUGUAAUUUGGUUGUAUUUGAUAUCAGGUUUGUAUUUCUGUAAAUAGGGUUAAGGUAAAAAAAAAACUAAAAAAACUGAGCGGCCUGAGAUGAUUUGAGAUGAUUGUCUUCGAUGCUAUAACUAUUGUGUUGUCUUGAUUUACAGCUAAAGCGAUUGCAUUUCAUUCUCCGUUCUCAAAAAGCCAGCCAUUAAGUCAUUUUGAUAGAUUCAAUUUGUAGAUUCUGUAAAAUGUUUAUGAAGUACUAUCUCUGUUGUUCUGUGACGUAUUUAUUUUUUAAAUCACUCCUGUAAUUUUGCAGGAGUUUUUGCGCCAUUAUUAAAGCCAAAAUCCUUAAUAGUUCAACAGCACUUCAUGGAUAUAUGUGCACUAAAGGUAAUGAAAAUUAAUCUUCAGCAGCUUUACAGGUCCAUCGCAAUUCAAGAUACCCAUCUGUUCAAUUCUAAUGUUUACAAAAUGAUUUACAAGCUGUUUACGACGCCGACUCUCACAUUGAGCUGUCCAUAAUUAGGUUUAAAAUCAAGAGUGCUGUUAAUCCACUUUAAGAGUAUAAAAAGUGUCAUUCCCAAAGCAUUUGCUUUACAUAUAUACUGUAUAUGAUGGGGCAACCAUUUUGUUUACAUUAGGAUUAAGGAUUUGUCCUUUAACACAUUGUUGUGAGGGUUUUGAACAGUAUUUCUGUACAUUUAAUAAAUGGUCGAGUAUCUUAUUUAA